UCCGAGGACCGGGGUUCAAAUCCCGGCCCCGCCUGUGUGGCGCUUGCAUGUCGUCCUCGUGCCUUCGUGGGUUUUCUCCGGGCGCUCCGGUUUCAACGUUUGCCUUGAAAUGACGGGCGCGUGCAGCGGAGGUGGGGAGGGGCCGGGUUACAGCUGCACUCGGAUCUGCCGAGACCGGCACCGGCAGCGCCGCCAGCACGCCGGACGCCGGCCCCACAGUCGCUCGAUGAAAAGGUGAAAGGUCUCGUCACGUCUCGCUCAUCACACCAAGGUGCGUGCCUCGGAUUGACCCGGAAUAAAGUCCAGCUGUUCUACAGCAGCAGCCGACACGUUGGCCCCUCCCCUCAGAUGGCAAGCCACGCCCACACCAUGCCCCUGCUGAGCCCGGCGGCGGGGGGCAUGGCGGGCGAAGGUCAGCGCAGGCGGCGGGUCCUCUCCAAAGACGGGCGCAGCAACGUGCUCAUCGAGCACGUGAGCGGGCGACGGGCGCUCUACCUGCGCGACCUCUGGACGACCUUUCUGGACAUGCAGUGGCGUUACAAGUUCUUCUUGUUCUGCGCCACCUUCGCCGGCACCUGGUUCCUGUUUGGCGUGUUGUGGUACCUGGUUGCCGCCAUGCACGGCGACUUGGCAGACCUGGCCUCGCUCUCCAACCACACCCCGUGCGUCACCGAGGUCCGGACUCUGACGGGAGCCUUCCUCUUCUCGCUGGAGUCGCAGACCACCAUCGGAUACGGCUUCCGCGUCAUCACGGAGGAGUGCCCCGCCGCCAUCGUGCUGCUCAUCUUCCAGCUGGUGGUCACCAUGGUGAUGGAGAUCUUCAUCACCGGCACCUUCCUCGCCAAGGUGGCGCGGCCCAAGAAGCGAGGGGAGACGGUCAAGUUUAGCCAGCACGCCGUUGUGUCCGCGCACGACGGCCGGCCGUGUCUCAUGGUCCGCGUCGCGAACAUGCGCAAGAGUCUGCUGCUGGGCUGUCAGGUGACGGGGAAGCUGCUGCAGACGUCGCUCGGCGAGGAAGGCGAGGCGGUGCGCCUGGACCAGCGCAACGUUCCCUUCCAGGUGGACACCUCCAGCGACAGCCCCUUCCUCAUCAUCCCGUUGACCUUCUACCACGUCAUCGACGACAGCAGCCCCCUGCGAUCCUGGGCCGCCAAAGGUGGAGACUGGGCGGCGGACUUCGAGCUGCUGGUCAUCCUGAGCGCCACGGUGGAGCCGACCUCGGCCACCUGCCAGGUGCGCACGUCGUAUCUCCCCGAGGAGAUCCUCUGGGGCUACGAAUUCCCCCCCGUCAUGUCGCUGUCCACCUCGGGGGGCUACGUGGCCAACUUCGCCUUCUUUGACAAGGUCGCCAAAGCCAAAACGCCGCCGCCGUCCGCCGAGGGAGAGACGAACCCGGAGAAGGCGCGACCAAAAGAGCACUUUGGGGGUAGAGCCGGGCGGGGUCCAGACACCGGCGCGCUGAGCAUGCGCAUCAGUAACGUUUAACCAGGGGAACAGGAAGUGGCCGAGUGGUUUCUAGUCUACAACAAACUCUCACAUUGUCACUAAGUCACUUUAAGAACUCUGUUUUGUCUUUU